AUGGAAGGCCACGUCGGGGACCAACCUCGAGAAUUCAUCAUCAGGCUGUACAAGCCUUUGCGCAAUCACCUUCGUCUCCCGACCUUCUGUGCUCGGGAGAUGGAGCUUGAGCGACCGCACGCCCUGAGGCUACACAUGAGGGGAUGCAGGGAUGGGAGCACGAGGGUCGAUGUCGAUUUGCCCGCCCCUCAUGUAAUGUACCUCCGCCAUGGCUGGAAGACCUUCGCUCGGGCCCACAGCUUCUCACAGGGGCAUGUUCUUCAUUUCAAAUUAAUGGAGAGCGGCCUGCUCUCUGUCAAGAUCUUUGGGCGCUCGGGAGGCCGUUUAGGGUGUUGCGUGGAGAGCUCGACUGAUGACGGAAGCUCCUCCUCGAGCGAUAGCGACGAGGAGGACAGUGACGGCGAUGACGACGACAGCGGACGGAGCGACGACUCUGACUCCGGCUGA